AUGCCUCAAGAGGUCUCCGACAUUAAGCAAUUCAUUGAGAUUGCCCGGCGCCAGGACGCCUCCUCCGCCCGCAUUAAGCGCAACCGCAAGACCCAGCAGAUCAAGUUCAAGGUCCGAUGCAACCGCUUCCUCUACUCUCUGGUCCUGAAGGACUCCGACAAGGCCGACAAGCUUAAGCAGAGCUUGCCCCCAUCCCUCAAGGUCGUCGACGUCUCCAAGGGUGAC